UGACGUCACGGCGACGGCGACCUCGCGCUCGACGACGACCACACGAGGACCAUAACGAGCAGCACAGCGCAGACAUCGGGCUGCUCAUGACGACAACUGCACCCACUGCCAACUACCCGUCCCUGUCGCUGGACGCGGGGGCGAAAUGGAUCAAGAAUCUGACGCAAAACCGCCUCGAUUACUUCACCGGCGGACACUACGCCUCCCACAACCUCUCCAGCGCGCUCUACAAGGCGAACCGCGACGACGUCGUGCGCAUCAAGGUCUGGCACGCACCCGGACUCACCAAGCCGUCGUACGCCGAGGCGCUCGCCCACAUCGCCGACUUUGAGCCCGCGCAGAAGGGCAUACGCCUUGGUCCCAGCUGGAGCAACCACUGGUUCACCGUCGACAUCGCGCUUCCCGCCGAGUGGCGCGAUGAGGAGCGCGUGCAGCUCGAGUUUGACCCUGGCUGCGAGGCGAUGAUCUUCGCCGCGGAGGGCGACGUGCGCGGGAUCCCCGCGGGCACACCGCUGCAGGGCAUCACCGGCGGCGGCGAGGGCGCGCGACGCGUCGACUACAUCAUCCCAAAGGCCGCCUGGGACAAGGGGACGCACUCCGUCGUCGUCGAAGUGACGUGCAACGGCAUGUUUGGCGUACCGUGGAACGGCGACACGAUCGAGCCGCCCGACAUGAAUCGCUACUUCUCGCUUGCGAGCGCAGACCUGGUCGUUCCCAACGAAGACGCUUGGAGGUUGAUGUGGGACUUUGAGGCUCUGAAGCAGCUCUCCCAGACGCUCCCGGGCAACACUACGGCGCAGAAUGACGCGCUCUCUGCAGCUAAUGCAAUCAUCAAUAUCUUUGACCGUGCUCGGAUGGGUACACGUGAGGAAGUGGCCAAAGUCAUCGCCGAGGGCCGUGCGCUUGCCCGCAAGGCAAUGUUUGGCGGUAUCAAUGUAGAUGAUCCCAAGGAUGUGUAUCCCGACCUCGGCAAGCCGUCUGCCGGACCCACCCCUCCUGGUUCCGUAUGGGCCAUGGGCAACUGCCAUAUCGACACUGCAUGGCUCUGGCCAUACUCGGCGACUCAGCAGAAGGUCGCGAGGAGCUGGUCUACCCAGAUUGACCUCGCGAAGCGCUACCCCGAGCAUCGCUUCGUGGCCAGUCAGGCCCAGCAAUGGAAGUGGUGCGAGAAGCUGUAUCCAACACUGUUCGAGCGCAUCAAGGACGCAGUGAAGGAGGGGUCCUUCCUCCCCAUCGGAGGCGCCUGGGUUGAACACGACGGCAACAUGCCGAGCGGCGAGGCACUCGUGCGGCAGGUUGUACUGGGGCAGAGAUACUUCAAGUCUCGUCUGGGCUUCUACUGCGAGACGGGAUGGCUUCCGGAUACGUUCGGCUUGACGGGGCAGUUGCCGCAGAUUCUGCGGAGCGCCGGCAUGAAGUGGUUCUUCACGCAGAAGUUGAGCUGGAACAAUAUCAAUACGUUCCCGCACACAACGUUCAACUGGGCGGGUAUCGAUGGAACGCAGGUGCUGUGCCAUAUGACACCGGUCGACACUUACACCGCGCAAGCGACGCUCGGUGACGUGAACAAGGGGAUCCGGAAUCAUAAGAAUAUCGAAUCUUCGAAUCAAUCUUUGCUAGCUUUCGGCAACGGCGAUGGAGGUGGAGGGCCAUUGAACAAGAUGUUGGAGAACUUGCGCCGCAUCAACGCGCUUGCGCGUACUCACAGGGACGUGCCGCAGCUUGUCACGGGCCGCACGGUCGACGAGUUCUUCCGCGAGCUUGCGGAUCAGAGCAAGGGCUCAGUAUACGUGGGAGGGAGUAGGUUUGGCGAAGGUGGACUCCCCACCGAGGGAACAGUCGCUGGCGCGAAGCUGCCGACGUGGCUCGGAGAGCUGUACUUGGAGUUCCACCGCGGUACAUACACGAGCCAUGCGAGCAUUAAGAAAGGUAACCGUCACUCGGAGGUACUCAUGCGAGAUGUCGAGUUCUUCGCUACGCUCGCCUCGCUCAAAGCUCUGGCCUCGGGUCAAAGUUCGUACGCGUACCCGAAGGAGACGCUCGAUACCUCAUGGGAAAAGGUGCUGCUGAACCAGUUCCACGACGUGCUGCCUGGGUCUGCGAUCGGUAUGGUCUACGAUGACGCCGAGAAGCUCUAUGCGGAGGUCACCUCGGACGGCAAGCAUAUGCUGGAGGAUGCACUCUCGGUGCUUCUUCCUGGGUCCAAAGCUGCCGGCGGUGGCAUUGGCGGCAUCGGCGCCGCUGAGGCCGAGUUCAAGGGCCGUGGCUCCCUCGUCGCGCUCAACACGACACCUUUCCCGCGUCGCGAAGUCAUCCGCGUGCCUGCUGGGCUCGGCUCGCAGCGCGCCACGGAAGAGGACGAGGCGAAGGACGGCUAUUCGCCCAAGUACGUCUCGGAUGAGUUCACGCUGGUCGAUGUACCGGCCAGUGGGGCAUCGCUCGUUGGUGCUGCGCCGAGGUUGGAGAGGAUCAUGCCGGCGAGUGUGUAUAGCAACGGGAAGGACCAUUUCGUGCUCCGCAACGAGAGCGUCCAGUUGACCAUCGCGGAGGGCCGCAUUACGAGCCUGGUGGAUGUUCAGCUUGGUCGUGAGCUCAUAGCAGCUGGUGCUACCGGUGGUCUCGUCAUGUUCGACGACAGGCCAAAUUACUGGGAUGCUUGGGAUGUUGAGAUUCACCAUCUCGAGGCGCCGAUCCCGCUGAAGUUCCAGAACGUGCGGGUCACAUCGCGCGGACCUAUCCGCGCGGCGGUUGUUGCUACUACCAAGUACGGCGAUAGUGAAAUCGAGGUCGAAAUAUCCUUGGACGCCGUUCCUGCGACUACGAAGGCGGACUCACGGUCCUUCUUCCGCUUUGAUGCGCGUGUGGACUGGCGGCAAAGGCAUGAGUUCCUCAAAUUCGAGCUGCCGCUCACCAUUCGAAGCGACGUGGCAACUUAUGAGACACAGUUCGGCUUCGUCCAGCGCCCGACGCACAAGAACACGACAUGGGAGAUGGCGAAGUUUGAAGUCUGCGGUCAUAAAUACGCCGACUUGAGCGAAUUCGGCUAUGGUGUUGCGAUUCUCUCAGAGUCCAAGUACGGGUUCUCUUGCCUUGGCUCUUUGAUGCGUAUCUCUCUGCUGCGUUCGCCUACGGCUCCGGAUGCGGAGCAGGAUCAAGGCAAACAUGCAUUUUCGUUCGCGGUCAUGCCCCACAAGGGUCACUUCAUCCAGUCGGACGUGCCGCAAGCCGGAUUUUUGUUCAACUCUCCCCUUUACCUGCGUCAUGUCGGUCCAAACAACGAUCUGUCCGCCCUCAAAUCCGCGGCCUCCCCCUUCGUCGUGGAACAAGCGCCCAACGUCUUCCUCGAGACCGUCAAGCGUGGCGAGGACGAUGCGUUCAAGGACUUCGCCAAGGGCCCCACCACCGUCAUCCUCCGCUUGUACGAGGCGUUCGGCGGCCAUGCAUCUGCUGUGCUCCGCAUCGCAGAUGCGCUUCCGGUCUCGGCGGCUUUCGAGACGAACGCGCUGGAGGAAGAAGUACACAAGGAGUCGCGCCACCUGGACUUCGUGCGCGGAGGGAAGGGUGGCUUGGAGUUGAAGCUCUCCUUCCGUGGCUUCGAGUUCAAGACGGUGAAGUUAGUGCUGGAGGGGACGAGCUUUGCAAAGCCGACGGAGCGGCCAGCGUCGAGCCCCAAGCGUGAGAGCUGGAUCGCCGUUGAGAAGUUUGGUAUCCCUGCCGCGCAUCAUUAAACAUGCCGGGAGUCGUCGGAGUGCGAAAUCAUGGUCAAUUCUGUCGAAGCAUCGAAGUAACAUGUACUUUCUGGUCGAACACAAUAUGCAUAUGUGGCAGGUCAUUCGUGAUCGAGGCAGAUUGUGGGCUGUGUAUCGCAUUGUCUAUCGACCGAUCAAAACCGUGACAGGGCCCUGCCGUACUGACGUG